AUGUCCACCACAUCUUCCAGCCAGGACGACGCACUUCCCACCUCCGAGCAGCUCUCAGCCGCCAACGCAGCCUACGUCCUCGACAACCAGGGCAACCAGGUCGAUUUCUCCUCCAUCCAGGACCAGGCCAAGGCGAAACAGCUUCCUCUCGUCCUUAUCUUCACGCGCCACUUCCACUGUGGCAUGUGCAAGGAGUACGUUCGGGCCGUCGCAGCAUCCAACAUCCUCACCGAUCCAUCGCGCGUGUUGACCGUCAUCGUUGGCCCCGGCGAAGCAUCCGGACUCACCGCAUACAGAAACUCGGUCAACAAUCCACCGUUCACAUUCUACGCGGACCCGCAGCUGCGUCUCUACCACGCGCUCGGUGUGACGAGGAGGAAUUUGUCCACGGGUGAUCCAUCGAAAGAGAAGAUCGGCUCGCAUCACACGGGGAGCUACACGCAAAACUUGUUUAGCAGCAUCGGCGAGAUCCUCAAGUCCGGCACGCAGGCGCUCAAGGGAGGCGACUUCAAGCAGCUCGGCGGCGAGUUUGUUUGGAAUCAAGAGGGUGCAUCUCGGGGCAUCGGCCGUGCCUGCGCUCUCGCAUGCGCUGCUCACGGAGCAGCAGGCAUCAUCGUCCAUUACCUCGGAGAUGCAGCUACCACCACUGAAGCGCAAUCGUUGCAGACAGAACUAGCGCAGCUCGGCGCCGAAGCCGUCCUCGUACCCGGCGACAUCUCCGAUGCUGCCGUUGGACAGAGCAUCGCCGACGCAGCCGAAAAGGAGUUUGGUCGGCUCGACGUGUUUGUCUCCAACGCGGGCAUCUGCCCCUUCAUGGGCUUCCUCGAGAUGGAAGCGGCCACCUGGCGCAAGGUGCAGGACGUCAAUUUGAACGGUGCGUUCUUUGCCACGCAGGCCGCAGCACGACUCAUGUCGCGUCAGAGUCCGCGAGGCGGAUCCAUCAUCGCGAUCGCCUCCAUCUCGGCGCUGGUCGGGGGAGAGUUCCAGAGUCACUACACGCCAACGAAGGCCGGGUUGAAGAGCAUGAUGGAGUCGGCUGCUAUCGGAUUAGGCCCGCUUGGGAUCCGGUGCAACAGCGUGCUACCGGGGACGAUCGAGACGGCGAUCAAUGAGGAGGAUCUCAGGGAUGAAGCGAAGAGGGAAAGGAUGGUCAAUAGGCAUCCGCUGAGGAGGCUCGGAAGGCCAGAUGACAUUGCAGGGCCCGUGUUAUUCUUGGCUUCGGACCUUGCCAAGUUCAUGACUGGCAGCUCGGUGCUGGUCGAUGGAGGAUGCUUUGUCAAUCUUCAGUAG